GUCGACGUCACUGAGUCACAGGUCAGGUCCACAGUGUCUAUACCGUCGGUUUGACCAUAGAUUCACAAAAUGGACACAUAUUAUGCACGACAAACCUCACAAUAGAAAGCCAGCUCCCGCACUCCGCUACCGAGCCCCGCGCCAGCGAGGAUGUUCCCCAGCUUGGCCCACCGGCCGUGGCACGUCUUCUGCAGGGUGUCCCUGCAGCACCGGGCGCCUCUGUCUCAGCGGUCGCCGAGGUUCCCCCCGCUCUGCUACGGUUGGCAGAGCGGAGGCACGCACAGUUUGUGGUUCAGCCUCCCGGACUGCCGCCCCGCUUCUCUCGGGCUGGGAAAAGCGCAGUACUACUCGACCUCUGGCAACAGCACCGAUGACCCCCCAAAAUCUGCAUCCGGAGAAGCUCCGUCAGCAGAGACCAUCCUGUCUGCUGCGAUGAAAGCCACCCCAGCUUCAUUGGAUCCGACAUCUCAGGGGCUGACAAAAGCAGAGACUAUUCAAGUGAAAGUUCGGGCAGUGCUGAAGAAAAGGGAUUAUGGAGCCAAGUACACUAAGAACAACUUCAUCACAGCAGUCAGAGCCAUGAAUGAGUUCUGCCUCAAACCGAGUGAUCUGGAACAGCUUCGAAAGAUCAGGAGACGCAGCCCCCACGACGACACGGAGGCGUUCACUGUCUUUCUGCGGUCGGACGUGGAAGCCAAAGCACUGGAGGUUUGGGGAAGCCAAGAGGCUCUAGCCCGAGAGCGAAACCUCAGGAAAGAAGUGGAGAGAGAGUACCAAGAGACGUUUGGUGAGAAGAUCGAUUAUGUUCCGGACUAUUUGUUGACUCUUGAGUCUUUACCACAAAAGCGUCUCAAUAUUUUUCGUAAUCAACAGCUGUUGAAGGAAUACAAAGACUUUUGGGGAAACACUAAGCCUCGAUCCGACAGGAGGGCGACUUUCCUACAAGGGCCGGGGAAGGUGGUCAUGGUCGCUAUAUGCAUCAAUGGGCUGAAUUUUGUCUUCAAGCUGCUGGCCUGGGUGUACACUGGAUCCUCCAGCAUGUUCUCGGAGGCCAUCCACUCGCUGGCCGACACCUGCAACCAGGCCCUCCUGGCUCUGGGGAUCAGCCAGUCUGUCCGCAACCCGGAUGCCGGCCACCCGUACGGCUUCACCAACAUGCGCUACAUCGCCUCCCUCAUCAGCGGAGUGGGUAUUUUCAUGAUGGGAGCCGGCCUCUCCUGGUACCACGGCAUCAUGGGACUGCUGCACCCGGGGCCCGUCGAGUCUCUGUUAUGGGCUUAUUGUAUCUUGGCGGGCUCGCUGGUGUCUGAAGGAGCCACGUUAUUAGUAGCUGUCAAUGAGAUAAAGAGGAGCGCUCAGCUACAUGGAGUGUCUUUUUAUGAAUAUGUAAUGCAGAGUCGGGACCCCAGCACCAACGUGGUGCUGCUGGAGGAUGCUGCUGCCGUGUUGGGAGUCAUCAUAGCUUCUGGAUGCAUGGGCCUCACCUCACUUACUGGUAACCCGUGCUACGACAGCCUGGGCUCUCUAGGCGUGGGCACGUUGCUGGGCACCGUCUCCGCCUUCCUCAUCUACACCAACACGGAGGCUCUGCUGGGCCGCUCCAUCCCGCCCGAGCGCGUGCAGAAGCUUACAGAGUUCCUGGAGAACGACCCGGCAGUGAGAGCCAUCCACGAUGUGAAGGCCACCGAUCUGGGGAUGAGUAAAGUGCGCUUUAAGGCUGAAGUUGACUUUGAUGGCCGAGUGGUGACACGGUCUUAUCUGGAAAAACAAGAUAUCGACCAACUCCUCAAUGAGAUCCAGCAGGUGAAGAACCCCGAGGAGCUGGAGAGCUUCAUGCUGAAACACGGGGAGAACGUCAUUGACACUCUGGGGGCCGAGGUGGACCGCUUGGAGAAAGAACUCAAGCAACGGAACCCGGAGGUUCGCCACGUGGACUUGGAGAUCCUAUAGUGGCGGGCGGAUCUCCGCUGAGGGAGCAGCCUGCUGUAUAAAGACGAGGAAAGGCCGAAGGAGGGUCAUGCCUGCCUCCGCUCUCUGCCCCCUAUGCUGACCACGCAAAAAAACAAACUUCUGUCUUUGCACAUCUGAAGUCUUACUGUACAGUAGUCCAUAAUAUAAUGGAGGACAGAGUUUGGGAUAUGAUCAAUGAGAAUUUGCCCUCCAGAGAGCCACUUUUCCCGCUGUGUUAUUUACUAAAGACUAAAGUGUCGUUAGGCGCCUGAAGUUGUUGGAGAAUUUGAACUCUCUGGUCCCGUACGUCUAUGACAGAGGGGGGGUCGUGGGGUGGUUUUGAACUCACAUUCCUGAAUGUGUUUUGGUUGAAAACAAGAAAAAACAGGACCAGUAUCAUUUACUAGACGUGUACUUUUUCUGCUAACGUGAUGCUUGAACCACAGUGACGGAGUUUCUUCCGUUAGUGCGAAGGAAACCUGGGAUCUACAUAUUCAAAAAAAAAUUAACUGCUAAACAAACUAGAUAGGGUUUUUUUUUCUUCUUUUCUUUUAAUGUGAAGACGGCACGAUGCUGCCGACGGUCAUCUUCUAAGUUUGUGAUGAAUAGAUUUUAUUUGCCGAGUUUAAAAAAAAGACAUAUUGAAAUGUGUCAUUAAGCCUUUUAAUUUAAUGUACGCUGGAGUUGAAUAGUGAACGUGGUUAAAUACAACAGCACAUAAUAAUCUGAAGUUUAUGCAAAACUAGAUAUUAUGAAACAGGGUUAUGUAAAUAAAUACAUCCCCCAAAUAUUAUUAGGACCAGUUGAAGGUCUAAACAAAGUGGCAUCCCUCUCUUUCACUCAACAUUUCUCUCUCCGCCAGCGUCACACUCCAAGCGUUGAUCCUCUCCAAAAUGUGGUCACUUUGUCUGUGAGGUUUGGCAGCUGAUCAGCAGGUGCCUGAUUGCGUCGAGCCAAAAAUGACGGGCCGGGGGGGUGAAUGAGUGGUGUCAGCCCGUACAGGAGGUGUAUCAGAUGAUCCAGUGAACGCUCUCCUACUCGCUGUUUUCUUUUCAUUCUGCAUUUAGUUCAGUCAGCCACAGCUUGAGCUCACCUGCAUCUUAAAACAUGCUUCAGGGAGAGGAGGGGGGGAGGGGGGGCAUUUGGAUAUAUAUUUUUGAAUGUGUCAAUAGUGUAAUAUUUUCCCGCCGGUUGUAACAAUGUUGCUGUGCAGAAGGAGGUGAAAUAAAUUUGAAAUAAUUUA